AUGGUUGACGGCGUUGUAGUUGUAGUUGAAGGUGUUGUUGUUGUUGUUGUAGUUGAGGGUGUUGUGGUUGUAGUUGAGGGUGUUGUGGUUGUAGUUGAGGAUGAUGUAGUUGUAGUUGAAGGUGUUGUAGUUGAAGUUGAUGGUGUUGUUGUAGUUGAGGGUGUUGUGGUUGUAGUUGAUGGUGUUGUUGUUGUAGUUGAAGGUGUCGUUGUUGUAGUUGAAGGUGUUGUGGUUGUAGUUGAUGGUGUUGUUGUUGUAGUUGAAGGUGUCGUUGUUGUAGUUGAAGGUGUUGUGGUUGUACUUGAUGGUGUUGUUGUUGUAGUUGAAGGUGUCGUUGUUGUAGUUGAGGGUGUUGUGGUUGUAGUUGAGGGUGUCGUUGUUGUAGUAGAGGGUGUUGUGGUUGUAGUUGAGGGUGUUGUGGUUGUAGUUGAGGGUGUCGUUGUUGUAGUAGAGGGUGUUGUUGUUGUAGUUGAGGGUGUCGUAGUUGUAGUUGAGGGAGUGGUAGUUGUAGUUGAAGGUGUUGUGGUUGUAGUUGAAGGUGUUGUGGUUGUAGUUGAGGGAGUAGGAGUUGUAGUUGAUGGUGUUGUUGUAGUUGAGGGUGUUGUUGUUGUAGUUGAAGGUGUCGUUGUUGUAGUUGAGGGUGUUGUGGUUGUAGUUGAAGGUGUUGUUGUUGUAGUUGAGGGUGUUGUGGUUGUAGUUGAGGGUGUCGUUGUUGUAGUAGAGGGUGUUGUGGUUGUAGUUGAGGGUGUCGUAGUUGUAGUUGAAGGAGUGGUAGUUGUAGUUGAAGGUGUUGUGGUUGUAGUUGAAGGUGUUGUGGUUGUAGUUGUAGUUGGGGAUGUUGUCGUUACAACGUCGCAUACCCCUUCAAAGCAAUACUUAAGAGAAAAAGAAAUACAAUAG